GGCUCAAACCAUUACGUUUUCAAGACAUUCCAACUCUAAAGUUAUUAUUUAUAGUGCUAUAGUGGUGUCUGUAAUGAUAAUAACAUCAAGUCUCUCAUGGUUUCUGCCAAGGUUGGUAGAAGUGGGUGCCGGAGUCGUCAGCCCUCAACAACUUGUUGUGAUCGACACUGACCCGGGGAUUGACGACACAGCGGCAAUACUAGCGACUCUUGGUGAAUCAGCUGCUAAGGUUUUGGCCAUAACCUGUGUGCGUGGGAACACUGAUGUACCAAAUGUUGUCAUAAAUACUUUGAAAAUACUCAAAGUGGCUCAGAAACUACAGAUAAGGGUGUUCACUGGCUUUAACUAUGGUCUAGUAGACUCCCCGCCAAGUAAUGACUACUUUGGUUCAGAUGGUUUAGGAGAUCUUCCUUACAUCAACCCUCCGUCGCCAUCCCUAGCUCAAGACGAGCCAGCAGCAUCAUUCCUAGCCAGAACUGUCAAGGAAUACCCAGGUCUUGUAACAGUGAUAGCUACUGGUCCCCUGACCAACUUAGCUUUGGCUCUUCACUUCAACCCACAGUUUCUACAGCAAGCCAGAAGGAUUGUGGUGCUGGGAGGAAGUAUCAGAGGUUUAGGAAAUGUCAGUCCUGGGGUGGAGUUCAAUUUCUACAUGGAUCCUGAUGCAGCAAAUCUAGUUCUCAGAAGAGCUUCUGAAAGUAAAACACUUGUCACCCUUGUGCCAAUGGAAACUUGUUUCGAAAACGACUUAGGGAAGGAAUGGAGAUGGAAUGUACUGGCAAAAAUUGAUAAUUCAGUAAUGGCGUUUUUGAACAAAUUAGAUACCAAAAAUUUGGACAUGCACCCUUCCUCUACGUAUGUUCCCUAUGACAUGUAUGCAGCUGCAGUGGCGCUCUAUCCACAGUCAGUCCUUCUUUCGCAAGAAUACUAUGGAGCUGUUGAAAAAGAGGGUGAAAAACUGAAAGGAGCUCUUACGAUCGACUAUUUAAACGUAACAGGAAACACUGCCAAUCUUGAAGUGGUUUUGGAAGUGAACACAUCUGUUAUUAGACAAAGCAUGAUAAAAACGUUGUCAAACUUUAAAUGAAACUAAAUGUAAUUAGUGGUACCGGUACAUUAAUGUAUUCUAUCAUAAUUCAAGGCACGUCUAGAAUUGGGUCCAAACACCUCUGUUACUUUUUAUUAAUUUUUUUUUCCAGGAUCCAACGGGGGGCUUAGUCCUGUAAACCCCCCCCCCCCUUUGGA